AUGCUCUUCCUGGGUGCCGGCCCCUCCGUCGUCUCGCGCCUCCGGGCAGCGAGCCGCGCCAAUUUCCUAAUUGAGCGCCGGCCCGACUUCGUGCCGCGCAGGGGGUACUCGCCUUUGGCAGCCGCGGAGAGGUUUUCCUUUACUCCUUUCUCCUCGUCGCUGCCAGUGCGCUUCGAGCGGAUGUAA